AUGUCGAAAUACGGAUUUGUUGCAGUUCCAAUUGAUGUGCAAGCGCAUCUGAAAGGGAAGGAGUUCAUCCAUGCUCCUACUCGACAAUCUUUCAAAAGUUUGACUUUGCCUGAUUCCAAGAGCGCAAAAACAAUUAUCGAGUAUGCUAAGAAAAACUUGCCAUUGCCUGCAUUCAACCACUCUAUGAGAGUAUAUUUCUAUGGAGUAGCCAUUCUUAAAGAUCAAUUCCCUGACUGGGACCUUGAUCUAGAAGUAUACUUGGCCACCAGUUUGUUGCACGAUAUUGGCACCACUGAUGCUAAUUUGAAAGCCACCAAGCUGUCUUUUGAGUACUAUGGAGGAUAUCUUGCUAGGGACCUAAUCUUAAAGGAGACGAAUGAUCAAGACUAUGCCGAGGCUGCCAGUGAGGCAAUCAUCCGCCAUCAAGAUCUUGGAACCGUGGGUAAUAUUACUCAGUUAGGAUUUCUCCUUCAAUUAACUACUAUCCUUGAUAACGCUGGCAAAAACACUGGUAUCAUUGAUACCCAGACCGUUUACGAAAUCAACGAGGCGUACCCUCGUCUCGACUGGCUCAACUGUUUUGCCAAUGUCAUUGACAGCGAGUACGCUGCUAAACCUUGGUGCCAUACUAGCGCUGUCGGCAUUGACCAUUUUAAGAAUUUGGUUUUGGGAAACAACUUCCAAUACGAGCCAAGCAAAGAGAAGCUUUAA